AGUAAAGUUUCCUGUUUGGAUUUUUUUUUUUGGCGCAAUGGCGGAGCACAUAGAGGGAGAAAGCGCCACGGCUAGUGAUAGCAGAAUGGCCCUGCAGCAAGCUUUACGUUUUCCCAGCCCAGCGCCCCCUCCCAGCACAGUCAUGCGAGGUCCACCACCGCUUCUACGGCCUCCACCUCCUCCGUUUGGCAUGAUGAGGGGUCCUCCACCACCCCCCAGACCUCCUUUUGGACGUCCGCCUUUUGAUCCCAGUAUGUCAGCGAUUCCCCCACCUGGUGCCAUGCCUCCACCGAUUGCACCGCCUCAUCUACAGAGGCCCCCCUUUCUGCCUCCACCCAUGGGGAGCAUGCCCCCUCCUCCUGGCAUGAUUUUCCCUCCUGGAAUGCACCCGGUACCAGCCGCUGGGGGUGCUGGUGGCACAUCAAGUGAGGAGAUCUGGGUGGAGAACACCACUCCAGAGGGAAAGGUCUACUACUACAACGCUAGAACCCGUGAGUCAGCCUGGACCAAACCAGAGGGGGUAAAGGUCAUUCAGCAGUCAGAGCUUACGUCUAUCGUGACUGUCCAAGGAGGAACAACAGGAUCUGCGUCCAGCAGCCCUGCCUCUACUACAUCCAAUACUGUGACUACAGUGACUCCUGUCUCCACCCAGCAGGCUUCCCCCACCCACACACUCGCAGCCAGCCCUGAACGGACCAAUAGCCCUUCACCUACUGUUUCCCAGCCCAUGGCCAUACUAUAUGACCCCCAAAAGUCAUUUGUCAACAGGGCUGGCAUCAUUAUGAAAAAAGCUCCUGCUGUAUCUGAGAUCCCUCCUGUAGUGUCUACGCCUCCUGUCAGUGUCGGUGUGACUCCAGUUGCUGUGGUCAGCGUUCCAACAGUCACAGCUACAGUUACAGCGGGGCAGACGCUACCGUUACUUCCUCGAAGCCUCCCACCAGGUCUUCCCCAUGCUGUCGCCCAGCCUGCUGCUGCAAUCCCAGCGUUUCCCCCGGUCAUGGUGCCUCCAUUUAGAGUGCCUUUACCUGGCAUGCACAUCCCUCUGCCAGGUAUGUUACCGAGCAUGGGCCCUCCUUUAGUACCCAUGAUGCACCCACAGCUGGCCAUCACGGCAGCUCCUGCUGCUUUGGCGGGUGCGCACCCGUUCCUAGAGUGGUCCGAAUACAAAACGAUGGAUGGCAAGACGUACUACUAUAAUAACCGUACUCAGGAAUCUACCUGGGACCAACCUCAUGAACUAAAGGAGAAAGGUGUGAUGUAUAAGGGUAGAGACGAAGCUAAAGAUGACCAGUCUGCUGACGACUCUGAUGCUAUGGAUAUCGGUGAUGUAGAACUGAAAGCCGAAGCCUCCAUUCUGGCCAAAGAGGCACCAAAGGAGGAAGAAAUGACAGAAGAAGAAAAAGCAGCUCAGAAGGCUAAACCUGUGGCUACCAACCCUAUCCCUGGAACUCCCUGGUGUGUGGUGUGGACCGGUGAUGACCGUGUGUUCUUCUACAACCCCACUACACGACACUCCAUGUGGGAUCGACCAGACGAGUUGAUCGGUCGGGUGGACGUGGAUAAAUACAUCCAAGAACCUCCGCACAAGAAGACUUUAGACGACUCGAGGAAAACGGCCACGAGCAUCGCCAAAGAGGACCCUGAAGCCAGCACAGAAGAAACACAAGAUGAGCCUUCUAAGGCUAAGAAGAGGAAGAAAGAGGAGGUGAAAGAAAGCGAUGCUGAGAAAGAGGCGGCCGUGGAGGCCGAGCUGAAGGCAGCUCGCGAUCGGGCGGUUGUACCCCUGGAGGCCCGCCUCAAUCAGUUCAAGGACAUGCUGCUGGAGAGAGGGGUUUCAGCCUUUUCCACAUGGGACAAAGAGUUGCACAAGAUAGUGUUCGAUCCACGCUAUUUACUUCUCAAUCCCAAAGAGAGGAAGCAGGUGUUCGAUCAGUUUGUGAAGACUCGGGCGGAAGAGGAGAGAAAAGAGAAGAAAAACAAGCUCAUGCAAGCGAAAGAAGAUUUCAGGAAGAUGAUGGAGGAUGCCCGACUUAACGUUCGGACUACAUUCAGCGAGUUCGCGUCUAAACAUGCGAAGGAUCCUCGUUUCAAGGCCAUCGAUAAGAUGAAGGACCGAGAGGCCAUGUUCACAGAGUUCAUGACGGCCUUUAGGAAGAGAGAGAAGGAAGACUCCAAAAACAAAGGAGAUAAGGUGAAGCAGGACUUUUUUGACUUGCUGUCGGACCACCACGUGGACAUUCAGCAGCGCUGGAGCAAAGUCAAGGACAAGCUGGAGACCGAUCAGCGCUACAAGGCUGUAGAGAGCUCUGCAGCUCGAGAGGAGCUCUACAGACAGUAUGUGGAAAAGCAAGCGAAGAGUGUGGAUGCUGAGAAGGAGAAGGAAAUGGAACGCCAGGCUCGUAUCGAGGCAAGUCUGCGUGAGCGAGAGCGCGAAGUGCAAAAAGCCCGGUCUGAGCAAACCAAGGAGAUCGACCGAGAGAGAGAGCAGCACAAGCGUGAGGAAGCUAUCCAAAGCUUCAAAGCUUUGAUGUCUGACAUGGUGAAGUCCACCGACGUCUCCUGGUCAGAUACAAGGCGCAUCCUGCGCAAAGAUCAUCGCUGGGAAUCUGCUGCCCUGUUGGAGCGCCACGAGAAGGAGAAGUUGUUUGAGGAGCACGUGGAAGUUCUCACUAAAAGAAAAAAAGAGCAGUUCAGGCAACUGUUGGAUGAGACGACCAUGAUCACACUGACCACCACAUGGAAGGAGGUAAAGAAGGUCAUUAAAGACGAUCCACGGUGCAUCAAGUUCUCCAGCAGUGAUCGAAAAAGACAGAGGGAGUUUGAAGACUACAUAAAAGACAAAUACAUCACAGCCAAAGCUGACUUCAGAACGCUUCUAAAAGAGACAAAGUUCAUUACAUAUAGGUCCAGAAGAUUGAUCCAGGAGUCGGACCAGCACUUGAAGGACAUCGAGAAGAUCCUCCAGAAUGACAAACGUUAUCUGGUCCUCGACUGUGUCCCCGAGGAGCGCCGAAAGCUCACCAUGUUCUAUAUAGAGGAUCUGGACCGUCGAGGACCCCCACCUCCCCCGACGGCGUCGGAGCCGACCAGACGCUCUACCAAGUGAUUUUUUAAAAAAAAAUCCCGACAUCCGAGCACUGAACAGUCGGAAUUUAUCCUGCACUGAGCACAGUGAUUACACAGAACAUGCGUGUAUUUAAUCAAACCAUGUACAUCUACUGGCUGCUGGGGGGGGCGGGGGGGGUAUUGACUAGAACAGGUUUAAAUAUUCGCGUUAAUCCGUGAUCUUUGGCUGUUUUGUAGACGCUGCCACGAUUGGUACAGCAGCCCCGUCUCUUCACGACCCAGAAUACGUAUUUUUAGCCAGGUGCUGCUAAAACAGCAGGGGACGGAAGUGUGUAAGCCAGUGCAGUGUUCAUUUUCAUUAAUUAUGUACCACUCUGUAAAUGGUGCAGAUGUUUCAUGUUUCUUAAAGUGGAAUGCUUAUGACAUGUUGCUGUUUCUGUAAGCGGUGACUGGAAAUAAACGCAGCCUCAGGCUUUUUCAUUUUU